AUGGACCUAGAAGAGUGUAAAAGUUUGGUUGAGCUUCCUCCUUUAAGGUUUCACAACGUUCAUGAUGGCAAACUUGAUCUCAGUGGGUGUCAUAAUCUGAUAAUUGUUUCAAAGAUGUAUGGUAAUAUCGAAUUCAUAGAUUUGACUUGGACGGCAAUAAAAGAAUUACACUCUUCCAUUGGCUCUCUUAAGAAUCUUCAUGAGCUUGAUCUCUCUCAUUGUGAACAUCUCAAGAAGCUUCCCAGCAGUAUUUGUUAUUCUGAAUCAUUGCAAGUUCUAAAAAUGAGGAGAUGUGUGUCCAUCGACAAGUUUCCAGAGCUUCCCAAAAAUAUAAAAGAAUUAGAUUUGAGUGAAACAUCGAUACGACAAAUCAAUUCAUCAUCCUUUGAGUGCAUGCCUUAUCUUGAGUCUUUAUACAUGAAAAAGUGCACAAUGCUUAAAAGCCUCCCAACCACCAUCUGUAAGUUGAAGUCUCUUGAAAAACUGUCUUUCAGGAAUUGCUCAAAACUAAAAAGUUUUUCGGAAAUCUCGGAGCCUAUGGAGAAUCUGGAAGAACUUUAUCUAGAUGGAACAUUGAUUGAUGAGGUUCCACAAUCCAUUUGGAAGUUGAAGUCUCUUGAAAAACUGUCUUUCGGCAAUUGCUCAAAACUAAAAAGUUUUCCGGAAAUUCCAGAGCCUAUGGAGAAUCUGAAAUAUCUUUAUCUAAAUGGAACAUUGAUUGAUGAGGUUCCACAACCUAUUGAGUAUCUACCUAAGAUUACAAUUUUAGAUUUGAGCGAAUGCGAAAAUCUCAAGGCUAUUCCAGUGUCUAACAUUUAUAAUAUGCCCAACAUUUCUUGUGUCUACAUUGAAGAAUAUCAUAAAGAUCAAGAUUGGGCAGUUUUGUCAGAUGUUUGGAUUUCCGAAACUCUUCAACAGUCUAAGUAUUUCUCUUGUUGUGAGUGCUUUUUUCUCUACACAAUACACAAUAUUCUAAUGGGCAAAGCUCUGCAGGAUAGAAUUUUCGUAACAAAAGAGGGAGAGGCUUUGUAUGAUCCUAGAGUGAACUUUUGUUAUCCAGGAAAUAAAAUUCCCCAGUGGUUUGCUUAUAAGUCUAUGGGAUUUGCACUACCUGUAGACUCUGCUCCAUCGACUUGGAUUGGUGAUGAAAGCUUCUUAGGCAUUGUUAUAUGCCUUGUUGUUGAUUUGGGGAAUUUCAAUGAUUUGACCAUAACUUGUGAAAUCCAUUGUUUAACCUCUUUGGAUAAAUCACACGUGUUUCGUUCAUGUCUAGAGAUCACACAAAAACAUACUCAAUGCGAUACAGAUCGAGUGUUCAUACUUUAUCUUACGAGAGAUGACAUUUAUAAGGGAAAGAUUGCUUCAUUUAAGUUUAACAUCAAGUACUAUAAUCGCGUACCGAUACAACAUGGAAUCGGCUCGCAACGAGUGGUAUAUGCAGAGGAGUUUGGUACUAUAAAAGAAUGUGGAAUCCGCUCCAUAUACAAGAAAGAUGCAGAGGAGUUUGGUACUAUACAUGAAGAACCACAUAAUGGUAAGAGAACUAAAAUAUAA